CAUUCCAAGUUUCUUUCGUAUCGUUAUAACAUCUCAGAUUGGAUGAAAAGUUCCAUGAUUGAAGAAUUUGCUGUGUUUUCUUCAAUUCCAGCUUGAUUAAUUGAAGAACAAAAUCAGCCCUCUUGAUCAAAAGCAGUAACCUUGGGACAUGUACUAUGAGUGGUGGGAUUCGUACAAGCGUGAAGGGGUUCCUUAAUGCAAAACGCCUGGCUUUGUCUGAGGAAAUAGAUACAGUGAAUGAGAUUGAUGAGAAAAUCACUCACAAUUUCACUGUACUCCAAGCUGUUGCUAAUUCUCUAAAUAAGAGGAAAGCACAAGAGAACAGCUUUGGUUCACCUUCAUAUGGGCUCAGUAUCUGUGAUGUGCCUUCAACUCCUGGGGCACAUAAUGAUAUGUUCCCAAGAAGAUUCUUCUAUAGUGAACUGAAAACAGCGACCUGGAACUUUCAUCCUGAAAAUAAGAUCGGUGAAGGUAGUUUUGGUCAGGUUUUCAAAGGGUGGGUGGAUGACAAUACAUCAACAUCUGCCAAUCCCGGAAAUGGCAUGUUAGUUGCUGUGAAGACCAUUAACCGAGAAGGUUUACAAGGUCACCAAGAAUGGUUGUCAGAAAUUUACUACCUAGGAAGGCUGCAUCAUCCAAAUGUUGUGAAGUUGUUGGGAUAUUGCUUCGAGGAUGACCACCGGCUUCUGGUUUAUGAAUUUAUGGCUUAUGGAAGCUUGGAGGUUCAUCUAUUUGGAUGGGCUUCUAACCUUCAACCACUUUCGUGGAUCCUGCGUAUGAAGAUUGCUCUUGAUGCUGCUAAGUCUCUUGCAUUUAUUCAUAAUAGUGAGAGAAAAGUGAUCCAUCGGGACUUCAAGAGCUCUAAUAUCCUACUGGAUUCAAACUACAAUGCCAAACUCUCUGAUUUUGGUUUUGCCAAGGAUGGACCAGCAGGUGAUGGUAGCCAUGUCUCCACAAGGGUGAUGGGGACUUAUGGAUAUGCAGCUCCAGAGUAUGUUGCUACAGGUCAUUUAACCGGAAAAAAUGAUGUGUAUGGUUUUGGAGUAGUUAUGCUCGAGUUGUUGUCUGGAAGACAAGUUCUUGACAGUAGCCGGUCAACCUCAGACUGCCAGCUGUACUGCAAACCAACAAUGUCUUCUGUUGAUUUGCGAAGUAUAGAGUUUGUACCAGAAGCAAGUGGCUCCGGCUCCUGGAAACACAUGCCUUAUGUUGAUGGUGCCUCUUCGAAUGCAUUUUCUUUGUAUUAUGAGCAAGUGUGCUAACCAUUCUAAAAUUUUACCCGCUGCCACCUUCUGCUUUGCUGCAACAUCUUGAAGUACUGAUGAGGUCAUGCUCUUGAUGGAGGGCAGCCUUUCACUUAGCUCAGCUCUCACAUUUUCUGGCAACAUACUAUACAGGGGUUUUCUGGAUUCUGAAUAAGUGGUUAGACACGGAAGUCUUGAUAAACGUUCAAUUUCGAUGACAAUAUUUGCAUAGUGCAGUUCUGAGGCAGAAGCACCGAGUGUGCAGGGUGGAGCAUCCAACAGCUUGUACUUGCUGAGAUUUGAUGGACUAGGACUUGUGUGAUAAUAAUCUUUUGCUUCUGCAUCUACCAUCAGUUGAGGAGGUCCAAAAACAGACUUGAAAAGACUGAAAAUUGUGAAGAAAGCAGAUCUUGCCAAAAGGAUACCUACAUAAUCGAAAGUCACGUUCCACAAGGACCCCUCUUUCAAAUUCUCGACCUCCAGCCUCUUUAGCUCUACCUUGUUCUGAAACUCGAGCAAACUUGGACCAUCCAAGGUGGCAGCGGUUUCUUUUAAAGUAUGUUCGAGAUCCGUAAGAACUUUCAUCUUGUCAUGCAAACUUUCAUUUAUUGAAAUGA